CUAAAAAUUAAGUUCAUCUCCCACCUCGAGUAGAAGGGGAAGUCCCUUAUCGAGGUUAAUAUACAUUUCCGAAAACGGUUUGGGACACAGUUCUCUAUGAGCAAUUCAAUAGAAGACAUGACGUCCCAACGAGCCACUCAGAAACCGGUAGAAGUGCCAGAGGCCCCUCGGCCUGGCGAGCCCGACCUCAUUGACAUGGUGAACGAACUGCAAAAUAAGCUGAUCAACAACGGCUUCAGCCUGGACCUCUCGCUGCCCCAGAUAGUCGUGGUGGGAUCGCAGAGUGCAGGAAAAAGCAGCGUCUUGGAAAACAUCGUGGGAAGGGAAUUUCUUCCACGAGGUAACAGUCUUGUAACAAGAAGACCGACUCUGAUUCAGCUCUACCCAACCCAAUCUGAAGAGUACGCUAUCUUCGGACACAAAGAAAAUGAGAAAUUCACAGAUUUUGAGGCGGUUAAGGAGGAGAUAGCCGCCCAAAUGCCCGAGGGGAGAAACUUCUCCUCUGUUCCCAUACAGCUAAAAAUAUAUUCUCCUAAAGUGCUGAAAUUGACACUUGUGGAUCUUCCUGGACUGGUCCGCGUUGUGGUUGACGGCCAGCCCGAGAGUUGUAUCGCAGAAGUCCGCAGAAUGAUUGAACAAUAUAUUAACCAGCCAGAAUGCCUGAUUCUGGCCGUCACACCAGCCAAUCAAGACCUUGCGACAUCAGAUGCCUUGGAAAUCGCCAGAAAGGCUGACCCAGAUAGAUUGCGGACCAUCGGCGUUUUGACCAAAUUGGACAUUAUGGACGAAGGUACAGAUGCGCUAGACAUCCUGGAGAACCGACAAGUUACACUUAAAAGAGGUUGGGUUGGCGUUAUGAAUAGAAGCCAAAGAGACAUCGAUGAAGGAAAAGAUAUUCAGUACAUUUUGGACAAAGAGAGGAAUUUCUUUGCCACGAAAGAGUGCUACAAACACUUAGCUGAUCGGAUGGGAACGCCAUAUCUCCGGAGAUCUCUGCAGAGGAUCCUGAAGUCUCACAUCAAGGCUGCCCUACCAGACGUCCGGACCAAACUGGCCGAGAAGCUGGCUGGAUACAACAAGAAACUGAAGGAAUUUGAAAGCAACAUAGGAGAAAACCCCAGCGGGAAACAGUUUUAUAUGAUCAAAGUUAUAAAUAUAUUCAUCGAAGACAUCACUCUGAAACUGCUGGGCAACUCGGAGUUCGUGGGCAUGAAAUCGAUAUCGGCUGGUGCAUUCAUUAAUUUCAAACUCAACACCGAAGUACAAAACAACCUCAAACUGAAACUUGAGCCAAACGACGAGGAGAUGACUAUUCUGAUAACGAACUUACAUGGUAUUAGGGGCUCCAUAUCGUUCCCGGCUUUGGCUGUAGACGCAGUCAACAGGCAACUGGUUAACAAAUAUGAGGAACCUUUAAGGAAGUCGGUAGACUGCAUUAAGCACAUUCUCGAAGAAGCGAUAUCCGAAUCUGCAGCUCUGAUGAACCGCUAUCCAACCACCAAAGCCGAGGUGUUGUUUCGCAUCAACAAUUGUCUGAAGAAUGAGGCUGAGAAAACCAAGUCCAAACUGCAGGAGCACGUCGAGGCUGAAAUGUUCUACGUCAACCUAGAACAUCCCGAUCUAGACCUCUCCGUAGUCACACCACUCGUUCCUCCUGUUGGACCUUCCAAGGUUUGGCAAACAGUACCACCCACUGACGAAUCUCCUCCUGACGAAACGUCUGAAAAUGUCACACCCAAAGACAUAAAUAAUGGUAUCGGGGAUGGCCUCCAAGGAAGAUCAAACAAUCUAAAGGAUAUACUGAUGGCAAACGACAGUACUCAGAAGAAGGUUCAGUACCUGAUGCUGCUUAUCACCAAGUACCUGGAAAUAGUACAAAAACAAAUAUCGGAUGUAGCAAUCAAAUACAUCCUCUGUUUUCUAGUUAAAAAGGUGUUAGAAUACAUUAAAACAGAUUUGAUACCCACACUUCUAGAAGCGGCCAAUUUCACUUCCCUAACCGAAGAUUGCGAAGAAGACUUCCGAAUGAAGGAGGAAAUGGAGACGGCCUGCCUCUGUCUCAAGGAUGCACUCGACACCAUUCAGAAAUUCUAAACUACAUUACACAAUUCCAUUAUGCCAAGCCAGUGACUGUAAUAUAGGGAAGGAAAUUUCUCUAUUUGCAUAAUUCCAUUAUGCCACAUCAAUGAUUGUAAUAUAAUUAGGAAAAUUCUUCGAAUUGCAGAAUUCUAUUAUGCAACAUCAAUGACUAUAAUAUAAUGAGAAAAAUUCUUUGAAUUGCAGAAUUCCAUUAUGCCACAUCAAUGACUAUAAUAUAAUGAAGAAAAUGCUUCUAAUUGCAUAAUUCCAUUGUACAGCAUCAAUGACUAUAAUAUAAUGAGGAAAAUUCCCGAAUUUCAGAAUUCCAUUAUGCCACAUCAAUGUCUGCAAUAUAAUAAGGAAAAUUUCUUCCUGUGAAUGACUGUUAAAUCUUUAUUUAUAAAUUAAUUACGAACAUUUCCCAUUGUAGCAUUUAUGUACAUU